UUCAAAAUGACGACGCUUUCAUUGGGUGUCCUGGUUCUAUGCUGUCUUGGUCUCGCCGCCGCCCGGAGCACUGAGGAUGCACAUCUCCGGCAAAGACGUCAAGCUCCGAACAAGUUGAAGGAUCAGAUUCUGACGGGUCUGACCGGCACCAUCAAGAGCCCUAACUACCCCUCAAAGUACCCCCUGAGUACUGAACAGACCUACACCAUCCAGUUCCCCGACCCCCAGGCUUACUACAAGGUGAAUAUCAACGUGAAGUCUCUCAACAUAGAGUACCAGAGCUCCUGCAGUUGGGAUUAUCUUCUCAUCAACUUCGGCGGGAUAGGCAAGAUGUGUGGCACAUACUCCAACAAGGUCUACACAGCGAAUAACCAGCAAACGUCGGUUACCCUCAAGUUCUACUCGGACUUCAUGAUCAACGCCAACGGAUUCGAACUGACGUACAGCUUGGUGAAACUUCCCGACGGCUGUUCCAAUCAGCCAUGCUACAACAACGCCAGCUGCACCCCUGUCGGCAGGACCGACUACACUUGCACGUGCAUGGAAGGUUUUAUGGGUGUAAACUGUGAUGGAAACAGUUCUUGUGCCUCCAGUCCUUGUUUGAACGGCGGCUACUGUUACCCCAGUUCCAACAACAGCUACUACUGCAUUUGUAACGCCGGCUACACUGGAUCACGUUGUCAAUACAUGAACAGCAACACGUCGGGCAACAGCACAGGAAACAGUUCGUGUGCCUCCAGUCCUUGUUUGAACGGCGGCUACUGUUACUCCAGUGGCAACUACAGCUACAACUGCAUGUGCAACGUCGGCUACACUGGAUCACGUUGUCAGUACAUGAACAGCAACACAUCGAGCAACAGCACAGGAAACAAUUCUUGCGCCUCCAGUCCUUGUUUGAACGGCGGCUACUGUUACCCCAGUGGCAAUUACAGCUACUACUGCUCGUGCAACGCCGGCUACACUGGAUCACGUUGUCAAUAUACGAACAGCAACACGUCGGGCAACAGCACAGGAAACAAUUCUUGUGCCUCCAGUCCUUGUUUGAACGGCGGCUACUGUUACCCCAGUGGCAAUUACAGCUACUACUGCUCGUGCAACGCCGGCUACACUGGAUCACGUUGUCAAUAUACGAACAGCAACACGUCGGGCAACAGCACAGGAAACAAUUCUUGUGCCUCCAGUCCUUGUUUGAACGGCGGCUACUGUUACCCCAGUGGCAAUUACAGCUACUACUGCUCGUGCAACGUCGGCUACACUGGAUCACGUUGUCAAUACAUGAACAGCAACACGUCGGGCAACAGCACAGGAAACAGUUCUUGUGCCUCCAGUCCUUGUUUGAACGGCGGCUACUGUUACCCCAGUGGGAACAGCUACUACUGCUCGUGCAACGUCGGCUACACUGGAUCACGUUGUCAGUACAUGAACAGCAACACGUCGGGCAACAGCACAGGAAACAGUUCUUGUGCCUCCAGUCCUUGUUUGAACGGCGGCUACUGUUACCCCAGUGGGAACAGCUACUACUGCUCGUGCAACGUCGGCUACACUGGAUCACGUUGUCAGUAUAUGAACAGCAACACGUCGGGUAACAGCACAGGAAACAGUUCUUGUGCCUCCAGUCCUUGUUUGAACGGCGGCUACUGUUACCCCAGUGGCAACAACAGCAACUACUGCGUGUGCAACGCCGGCUACACUGGAUCACGUUGUCAGUAUCCUUCCUACAACCAAACAACAACCUCUCCUCCAUCAGAUUCCUCGAACAUCAGCGUGAGCCAGGUGUACAACAUGCUCCAGCAGGCCCUCAGCAAGUCCAGCACGUCCCAGCAGAAGCUGCAGAUGGUGCAGCAGGUGCUCCAGCAGAUCCAGGCUCUCCUGGGCCUCAGUCCCUGAGUAGGUAUCAGGGCCACCAUUGACGCAAUGAACACCCACAGCUAAUUAUCAGUCCACAUAACAAUGUGUAUAUGUUAAUAAAUCUGCAAUCAUAC